CACGCCCGGGCGUCAGUCGGGCAGCGGCGACGGCGGCAGGAGCUAGUCCCGGCGCCGCCUCGGGCUCCGCUCGGCUCGGGGGCUGCUCCCGGAGGAGGAGAGCCAGGCGAGGGGCGGCGAUCCGCGGGGCCCGCGGGCCGGGCGCAUGGCUUAGGGACGCCUCCGCCCGCCUCGCCCCCAGCAUGGGGAAACUUCACUCCAAGCCGGCCGCCGUGUGCAAGCGCAGGGAGAGCCCGGAAGGUGACAGCUUCGCCGUGAGUGCCGCCUGGGCCCGGAAAGGCAUUGAGGAGUGGAUCGGCAGGCAGCGCUGCCCGGGUGGCAGCUCCGGACCCCGACAGCUGCGGGCGGCGGGCACCGCCGGCAGAGGAGCCCGGAUGUCCUCUGAGCUCUGGAACUCUGCACGGGCUUUCAGAAGGUCUGCGUGGAACUCAAGCAAGCCGAGGAUCAAAGGAUGAAUCAACUUUUUGAUGUGACAUUUAAUUUUUUUUUUUUUAACUUAGAGGUGAACAGACUGCGUCUCAGGUCUGGUUAGUUCUUUGGUCUUGCCCGUGGGCUGGGGAGGGGCCGGCGGAGUUUUCAGAUGUGUGUGUGGGUUUGAGUGGUGGGCUGGCGCAGCUCGGUGGCAGGGGCCGGCGUGGGGCAGUGAGCCUGUGGAUGCAGCCGACUCUUGUGCACGUACGAAAUAACCCCUGCGUCCGGGAGGAGCUCCCCUGUGCCCCUCCACCGCCUCUGCUCACGUAGCUGGGGCUUUCUCUCCCACGUGUGCCUUCACCUGCAGGCUGGGGCGGACUGGAGCUGCUGCCCCCCAGCUCGGUCAGCCGUGGUGGGCGGGGGCGCUGCAGUGAGUUGAGGGCCCUUUGAAAACAGACCUACGGACGUCCCAGUCUUCCCCCAGCAUUUCCAGUUUAUGAUCUACAUGUGUUUUUAAAGCGCAAUGAAAAUGAUCCGAUGUAGCCAUACGGACACAUAAAUGCAUUCGUGGCUCAAGACUGAGGCCAGCUGAGUGGAUUUCCAUUAAUCAAGUUUGGGCUUUUUUUUUUU